AUGGUAGGGAUUCCCUUGCAUAAGAGUUAUAAUUCUGCAGUUAUUGAGGCUGGUGGAUAUAAGAACACGACUUUUGUGGAGAAGGAUUGUCGAAACUACAUUGAACAGGUGAGACGACUACGUCUUGGGGAAGGAGAUGCCCUUGCAAUACAGGCGUACUUUUCAAAGAUGCAGACACGGUGCUCGGGGUUUUACUUUAGUAUGGACUUAGAUGAUGACUGUAGACUAAAGAAUGUUUUUUGGGCGGACAAUAGAUGUAGGCAAUCUUACAGGGAGUUCGCUCUUAAUGCCAUCAUUACUGAUCAGGACCGGGCAAUGCAAAAUGUCAUUCAGAUUACUCUUCCAAACACGAAGCAUAGAUGGUGUUUGUGGCACAUUAUGAAAAAGUUGCCUGAAAAGUUUGGAUACCACAUUGAAAAGAGCUCAAUAUUUUUUGCUAUACAUGGACCUGUAUAUGAUGUGGAAAAUGUACAAGAAUUCGAAAGAGGUUGGAGGUCGAUGCUCGAUAUGUAUGACUUGCAUGACAAUGCUUGGCUAUCAGGAUUAUAUGAGAACAGAGGUCGGUGGGUGCCUUAUUUUUUGAAAACCACAUUUUGGGCAGGCAUGUCCACGACACAACGAAGUGAAAGCAUGAAUGCAUUUUUCGAUGGAUAUGUGCAUUCGAAAACCUCAUUGAAGCAGUUUGUGGAGCAGUACGAAAGAGUAUUAAGAAAUAAGGUGGAGAAGGAGUUCCAGGCAGAUUUUAGGUCCUAUUCCCAGAUGGUUCCGUGUACGACAACAUACGAAAUGGAAAAGCAAUUUCAAGCUGUUUAUACCAUCGAAAAGUUCAAAGAAAUUCAGCAAGAAUUCAUCGAGAAAGUGUACUACGACGUUGUAUCUGAAAAUGCCAAUGACUAUUAUUGGUCGACUUACGAGGUUCGUGAGGAUGUCGUUCUUCACGAGCACCACAAGAAAAAAUCUUUUUGCGUAUCAUUUCGGAGGGAUACAUGUGAAUUAAUUUUUAGCUGCCACCUAUUUGAAUUUCGGGGAAUUAUUUGUAGGCAUGCUAUUACAAUCUUGAUUCGUAACGACAUAACAUCGAUGCCUGAGAGGUACAUAUUAAGAAGGUGGAGACGAGAUGUUACUAGAGCACACUCAAGGAUCGCAGUACAUUACGAUGGAUUGGUCAAUAGUCCUGGACAGUUGAGGUACGACGAGAUGUGCUGA